CCCGACACUGCCAAAUGUAUAGCCCCCUCCACGCUGCCGCCCUUGCCCGUUCGCUCCUCCCUCGCGCUCCUCAUUCGCCGAGCGUCCCCCUUUCGCCAGAAUCCCCCGCGUAGAGUUGUGGAUGCUUCUGGAAGAGGAGGGGGCUACCGCGACCGAGUGACUGAUUGGAGGAGCGGUCCGGGUGGGAAGGGGGUGGCUGGAGCUGAGCCCAGAGCGCUUUAGCCUUGCAUCAGCCUUAUCUAGUGGGAGGGCGCCUCCGCCACUGGUUCUGGCCGCCUUCCUCGCGGUCCAGGGCGUGAGUGAGGCGGGCACCUCGUGCAUAAAAGGCGCUCCGUGGGGCAAGAGCACGCGGCGGCUAGAAAGAGCUGACCUUUCCCUCGGCCCCCGAGAGGGUCUUGCUGGAGGCAUUUAUUAAAAGUUCUCUAGCACAGCCCGGCCGGUCCCCCCCCCCGAUCCUCAGUUUGGUCUGGGCGCCUUUUCUGAUUUGGAUUGGAUAGCGGUUUCCGCCAGCUGAAGCGACCGGCAUGGAGAAACCAGCUGAGAGCCGGAAUGGCUUUCUGGAGCCCACGGUGCUAAGCGGCUUCGAGGCUGGAGAGGAAGGUGUAAAGCAGCCUCGGCUGAAGCUCUUCCAGCUGCGGAGCUUCGGGCGGUUCCUGAGGAAAAACUGCAUCGUUAUCUUGACCGUAACCGGCGUGCUGGUUGGAGUGGCCAUGGGCGCCCUGAUGAGGCAAAUGCCGCUCACCCGGGCUCAAAUCACCUACUUGGCCUUUCCGGGAGAGAUGCUGCUCCGUAUGUUGAAGAUGAUCAUUCUGCCCUUGGUGAUCUGCAGUCUGGUCUCCGGAGCAGCCAGCCUGGACACUCGGUCCCUGGGCAAGCUGGGCGGCAUCGCCGUCGCCUACUUCUUGGUUACAACCUUGAUCGCCUCGGCGCUCGCCGUUGCCUUGGCCUUCAUCAUCAAACCCGGGGUCGGCGCCGGGGAGCUCAAUAGUAAAGACUUGGGCUUGGAUGGCGCCAUGCCCACCAAUAAGGAGACUGUGGACUCUUUCCUGGACCUAGCAAGAAAUUUGUUUCCAUCAAAUCUCAUUGUUGCAGCCUUUCGAUCGUAUGCUACUGAUUAUAAAGCCAUAGUUAGAAAUUCAACCAUUGGCAAUGUUACCAUUGAAAAGUACAUUGUUGAUUAUAAAGAAAUAAUAAAUGCCUCCCUUGGGAAUGCCACUAUUGAAAAGUUCCCUGUCGGCACUGAAAUUGAAGGCAUGAAUAUUCUGGGGCUUGUACUCUUUGCUCUGGUUUUGGGAGUAGCUUUGAAAAAACUUGGACCUGAAGGAGAAGAACUCAUUCGCUUCUUUAAUUCUUUCAAUGAGGCAACCAUGGUCUUAGUAUCUUGGAUUAUGUGGUAUGUACCACUCGGCAUUACGUUUCUAGUUGGAAGCAAGAUUGUGGAAAUGGAUAAUAUUAUCCUGCUGGUGACAAGCCUUGGAAAAUACAUCUUUGCAUCAAUUCUUGGCCAUAUUAUUCAUGGAGGGAUUAUUUUACCGCUUAUUUAUUUUGCAGUUACACGCAAAAACCCUUUCACUUUUCUGUUAGGUCUUAUAACUCCUUUCACCACAGCGUUUGCUACUUGUUCCAGCUCUGCAACUCUUCCAUCAAUGAUCAAAUGCAUUGAAGAUAACAACAAAGUAGACAAAAGAAUUAGUAGAUUUAUUCUGCCCAUUGGAGCUACUGUGAAUAUGGAUGGAGCUGCUAUUUUCCAGUGUGUAGCUGCUGUUUUUAUUGCUCAACUGAACAACGUUGACCUCAAUAUUGGACAGAUCUUUACCAUUCUGGUUACUGCCACUGCUUCCAGUGUGGGAGCUGCUGGAAUCCCAGCUGGAGGAGUUCUAACCAUAGCUAUUAUCUUGGAGGCUAUUGGACUUCCCACAAAUGACAUCUCUCUCAUAUUGGCUGUGGACUGGAUUGUGGACCGGACCACAACAGUUGUGAACGUAGAAGGUGAUGCCUUUGGAGCAGGUAUUCUUGAUUUUCUGAAUCCAAAAGAAACGAAGGAGAAAGACACAGAACUUAGUGAUGUCCAUGUGGAUGCCAUUCCAAACACCAAGGCUGAUGGGGAAACAUCACCUCUGGUAACACACAAGGUUCAAGCUAUCACCCCUCCAUCACCUAGUUCUCAAGAUCCAUCAUCUAAUGAAUCAGCCCUAUGAAUAUAAAAGAGGGCACCUUAUGGGCAAUGUAAUUUAGAAAGUACUUUUUGAAUAGAGUCUGUAUGGCCCCCGAGUUUAAGCAGGUAUGUCCCCUUCCAUUCCGAUGGCACAGAACACAGUGGUAGCUAACCACAGAGUACAAAAUAUGUGUAAGCUUCUGUAUGUGCGUGUGUGUAUUUGAGAGAGAGAGAGAGAGAGACAAAAAUGAAAACUUUUGUUGGUAUAAAAAGUGCUGCUUCAUCCUUAUGUGUAUGUGAGGAAUAUAUGCAAGACAAAUGUAGUGAUUGAAUGAAAUAAAAUUAAUAGCCCACUUUAAAAGGUAGACUGUUAAAUUUCAGAGAUUUGGGGAAUGUCUUGUUAACUGAAGUUAUACAGGAAAAGAAGUUUCUUGUAAUUUUACUGCAUCAAGCCUGCAUGAUUGUGUUUGAAAGGUAUUAAGGGAUCAGUUUAUUUUGAUUUAUAGCCAUAGUUUGUCAGACCUAACCAAAUUAUUGCUCUUUGUUCUUGUCUGAUAAAUCAGAGAAGCAAACCCUUUUGAAGGAGAAUAGAAUUGAACUAAUAUGUUAUCAGAUAUAUAUAUAGCUAAUGGCCACCUGUCCAGAUUAGCCUAAAAAGGACCAUUUUUAUUGCUUUCUUCCUGAAUUAAACAAAGCACCUGUAUGUUGAACCUUACUGGACCAAAAAAGAAAGAGCAAGAAGUUGCCUUUCUCUUCAAAGGUUGGGUUAUAACAUCCAUGAUCAUUUCUUAUAUAGGAAGCUUAAAUUGUUUUUGAGACACUCUCAGCAAUUUAUAUUAAUGCUUUAAUUGUUCCUGGGAAGAAAUAUGAAUGAAUGGCCAGGAUGAAUAUGUACUACUACUGCUACAAAGCAGGCAUUGAUUUAAGUAUCCUAGUUUGAUGUCAUGUCUACUGCUGGUGCUGCAAGAAAGUAUCUUCUGGAUCAACAUAUUGUAUGGCUUAUGGCUUUUAAUGUUUUUGGCUUAGAACUGCCCAAAUUGGGACACUCCAUUGGCAAUGGAAGGCUGACUAGAAUUUUCAGACUGGUAGGCCCAGCACACCUAGUGAACAUUAUAUCUAGAGUGAUGCUUUAGUGCAUCCAUAACCGGACCUAAAAACAAGGCUGCAUCUGAUAUGGUAAUAUGCUGCCUAUUUCCCAAGAUCAAUAAGUACAUGAAGUGUGUGUCUAUCAAUUUCUGAACAGAUUAAUUCCAUGUUUAUUUAGUAACUGGUGACAUAAUGACCAAUAAAAUUUAUUCUCAAUUCAUAACAAAUAAAAUCAUACUGAAAAUAUGGGUAGAAAACAAAUGUAGAACAUUCAGUUUUAAGCUUCAAAAAAAUCUACAUAAAAGUACAUUUAAAUUGGUGCUUAAAUGUGUCCCGGUAAUAAUCAUGAAGCUUCAUUUAUUGCUUUUUCCCUCACUCCACUAUUGUUUUCAAGAGGAUACGUGUUGACAAGUAAUCAACACAAUUCUGACCUUUAAUUCUCCUUGCAUAAGAAAUACUAUUCAGACAUUUUUCUGGCUUUCAGAAAUUCAAUUCCAUUAUUUAAAUUUGCUUGGAAUCUUACUUGUCCUUGUCCCAGUAUGAAGAUCUUUUUCAAAAGGAUAUAAUAAGUUAUAAUUCCCCCCCCCCUGCAAAAUUAACCUUAAAAUCCUGAGGCAGGAAACGACAACUUAUGUGUUGCCUCCCAGGUGGGCCACAAAUUCAGUUCCCAGAAUUCUUAGCAUGUUAUGCCAUUUGCUCUAAUUAGCCAUUUCCAACCUAGUGAACCCCAAAUUGAGAAUAUAUAAUAAAGUAAGUGGGAUUAAUUUGAAUUCAAAAGAAAUGAAGGAGUCAGAUUUUAAUCAUGAGUACCUUUGGUUGAAAGGUAAGGUAUAGUUUUGACAAAUAUUUACCUUACCAGAAACAACUUUUAUCCUUAUAAAUUAUAAAAGAACUUUAUGUAACUAUGAAGGAAGCCUUUGGAAUGGGUUACAUGUUUAGCCCGCUCUACCCAUUCUUAUUUCAUUCUUAUGUGUGGGCACAUAAUAAACAUUACUGUGUGGUAUCUUUUUCUGUGUUAACAAGACAAACACAUUGUGAAACAUUCUCACCAAUUGAUGUAGCAAAGGGAUCACAUGCUGUCAUAGGAAUCACUAUCCUUUUGGCAGGCCAGUCAGUUAAACCUGACCUGUUUGUGUUGCUGCCAGUCAGAACGUCAGGCCCUCUUGCAACAGAACCAUAAUCUAGAUAAUUCUAUUACUUUUCAGUUAGAUAAUCAUUAAGUCAUAAGAUUGCACCUAUCUUUGUUCCAAUUGCUGAGCAAACAUUUUCAGAAAAAAGGCGUUCUCACAAAAGAGAAGCUUUGACCUGGCUGACUAGAGUGACUUUUAGUGAUAGAAAAGCACUUAGAUUUCUUUACAGCAGUGUUUUUCACAUUUGGGAACUUUAAGAGGUGUGGACUCCAACUCCCAGAAUUCCUCAGCCAGCUGGCUAGGGAGUUCUGGGACUUGAAGUCGAUACUCCUUAAAGUUCCCAAAUGUGAAAAACACUGCUUUAGAGGAUUUGCUCAUAGAGAAAGAAAAUAUUCCCCUUUAUUCUGGCAUCGUUUUGUGUCUUGUUUUGAAAUUUGUGAGUUAUAUUCCAUCUUGCCCACUUGCAUAGGUGUGCAGGAAAUAAUCAGCAUGUAGAAUACUGAUUUGCUUCCUAGAACACACUGAACAGAAGUAACAGUGUUUUUUUGCAGGAUUUCAAAAUCAGUAAAGUCAACUGUAGCUCUUGAACCUCCCAGCUUUUACUUUUAUUGGAUGACCCCAGGUUUUUAGUUUCUAUGAGACAAGUGAAAUUUCUCCUGGUUCCCUUGUUCCACAGUGGAAUAGUUUUGUACUAUACAUUAUUAUUACUUUAAUAAUCAGGAAUUUACCCCCCUAGGGCUUUGUGUGUAUAAAACAUGCUACACUAUUGAGUUUUAAUUCUUCCCUUAUUGAUUUCAGUGGCAAAGGAUGCCAGCUAUCUUGAUUAUUUAAGCUGCUCCUUCCUAAUGUAUCAUGUCAGCACCAUACAUUGCAGUAUACAAAUUCCAGUUUUUCAGGUGUCCAUUGCAGUGUGUUAUAUUUCACUUUUUUUCAUUUUUUCUCAUACCAAUCAGAUGAGUUUAAGCCAUUAGAAUGAAAUUAAUUUAAUUUCAUAUCUAGUUUCAUUAAUUUCAUGUCUAGAUUAACUAUUAAAUAAUGAUGUCUCUAUCAAGGGACUCGUGGGUUAAUUUAUGGAUGGCCAUACCACAAUGAAAGGAUGUAAUUUUUUUCUUUAUUCAGUAAGAUGCUGAGCUGAUCAAUUUUUUGUUUUUUAAAAAGUGGCAGACUAUCAUCUGGAAAAUAACAAAUCCUGAUAAGAAAGACAUCCUACUGGGUUCAUGAAUCAGGAAAAUGUGACAGAAAAAAACUUACAUUAAACAAUAGAUUGGUAAAAUAGUUUCCCCCUAUUAGAAUUCAAAAUCAGUAAUGUUUCACAUAAAAAAUAAAAUUAUAAAAGAUACACCGCAUUGCUUAGUAAAUUGGGAUGUUAUAAUUUAAAUUCCUGAAGUUUAAUUACAAAAGAAAAUAUCCCUUAAUUCAUGUAGAACAGAAUUCAAACCAAUGUUUUAAAUUUUCUUUCUUAUCCCUCUUGGUAUUCUAAACAGGAGUUACAACGCCAUAACCAUACAGUCAUAGAAUUUCUUGAAAAUACUUUGUCCUUCAAAACCAUUGAGCCAUGAAAGUAACAAUGGAAAGUUGUUGUUUUAGAAAUAUUAAACCUCCUUGGAGUGCAUUAGAGCAGUUAGUCUCUUAUUUGGAUUUUGACUAUAAUUUGCAUAUCAUUUUGAACAUUCUGUAAAUGCAAUCUAUACAUGGUGUGUCAGCUGAAAAACCACUGCUACUUUGAUUUUGGUAUGAGGUUGUAAGUAUAAACUGCAGUAGAAGCAUUUUACUAUUUUACUAAUCUUUAGGUCUGUUCAACUUAGAAAAUCCAUACUGAUUAACAGAAAAGUAAAUAAAAGACAGAAUUAUUAGAGUUAGGUAUGAGUGUGUUUCCCAGUGGUGGUUUAGAAGAAUUUUAGAAAAAAAAUAAUAAUCCUUGGAUAUGUUUCCAUAGUUGCAAAAUGGAUUAUUUCAUCACCCACACUUUUCUAUUUUGAUACACAAAAUUAUUGUUAGUAAUCAUAACAAUUUUUUUUAUAUCAUGAAAUAUCUAAAUUGGGACAAAUUCUAAAUAACUAAAUAUUUGGUACAGGUUUAUAUUCUAAAUUUGUUUUUUUGGGUUGGCUGAAAAAAAGAUAUUGCUCUAAUUAGACUUUGUAUUCAAUCUUCAUUAUGUUUAUUCUCAUGCAGCCAUUCCCAGAAUUUACACUGAACCAUCAGUGAGUGUUCCCUUGCUGACUACUGAGUAUGCCCCCCCCCCGUUUAAAAAAUCCAGCUGCUACUCCAAUAUUAGAUUCCCAUUGCCAUCUUUGCCUUGUCCUGUAGUUGCUUGAGAACAAGGAGAGAAGAAAACUUUGGGUGGUGGGCCUAAGCUCCCUACUCCCUGGGUUCCAUGGAAAAUAAGUUGGUGAUUUGAGAUUUUGGAGAGCUUAGCUAAAAGGAUACUGUCUGAAUUGUCGAAAAAAAAUGUCAUGGUGAAAACAAAGAGGACAGUAUUACUGUGGCAAUGGUGCCAAAACUAGGUGCAGAAAUGCUCUGAUUACUCAAUAUAACAUUAGGGGGGAUUACCUCACCUAAAGAAUCUUCAAACUGAAUUUUUUUUUUUACAAUGUUGAGAAGCUACUUUCUUAUUUUUCUCACUGAGACAGCUGACUGUCAGCUUUUACUGAGAUCUGAAUAAAAUUCUUAUGACCAGUUUGAACGGUUAUCACAUUAAAUUGGCUAAUAUACCGUAUAUGUCGGCGUAUAAGGCGAUUUCCGCAAGCGUUAAAAUCGGCGCCAAAGACGGGGGUCGUCUUAUACGCCGAGUUGUCUUAUACGCCAGAAAUACUGGUAGUUUCCGGCGUAUAAGACAACGUUCUAGGAAUGCGACUCGGCGCCAAAGACAGGGGUCGUCUUAUACGCCGGGUCGCCUUGCACGCCGGCAUAUACGGUACUUCUAGCUUACCUUAAUAUUCAACACCAGCCCCUCCCCGAUUAAUGAAAUUUAGAGUGACUAAGCGGUCUGUUUAUGAGGAGAAAUAUGGUUCUAUAUUUACAGUAACAAUGAGCUUUUCUGAUUAGCUUUCAUUAAUAUGUAUCCUUAAACUGUCUUUUAUGAUCCUCUUUCAAUUCAUAUUAUACUACCCUACAGUGCCACUUGUGUCUUUCUGUACUGAAGUUUCUAAUCAAAGUCAAGUAGAACGUGGACGUGCUUUGAUGUAAUGAAAAUGAAUGGCUGCAUAAUACAAAGGUGGAGACUGUGAACAAUCUGGAAUCUGUGUAAGAUAAGGAAAUCUACACUAUGAUUUUAGACAUGAGCGAUGACACCACCUGCCUUAUUGUGUUGUACCUAAAGUGCUGCUUUAGCUGUGUUUUAUGCACAGUGCUGUUCAAUUCUUGUAUUUCUUCUCAAGAUCCUGCUUAGUUUAGCUCUUGGUCUGAAUUCCUGAGAAAAACACAUUGUCUGUUCUGAUAUAUUUUACAGGAAUAUAAAUGUUUUCAAACCUGAAAUCAUAUAUAAAUCAUUGCAGAACAGUGCUUUGUCAGAAUUCUAGAAUAAUAUAUGUCAACAACAGAUAACCACUCCAUUUUCUAAGUAUUGUUUUCUGCUGCUAUGAAUGUAAUGUUCUCAAUAUGUAUUUUGUUUGUGAGCAUGCAGAAUAUUUCAAAUUCAAAUCAUUUUGACUUUGGAGCAUCCCAUUUUGAAUGUGAAAGAUUCAGAAUGUUUCAAAUGCAAAAUGAGAUUCUUCAGUUGUUUCAGAAAUAUUGCGUUUCCAAUUUCCAAAUAUUGUAAAAUUUGUAUUGAAAAUAAUAAAAAACAGUUCAUUUCACUCUUGAGAUGGGAAUUUCGACUGGAAGUAGUUCAAAUUUGAAACAUUUUGCAUGCUCUUAACUUUGUUCAUGCAUCUCUGUAAGGUCCUCAUCACUAUCAAGGAUCAAAUGUAUAUAUGUAUAAAAAAGUGAAAAUAGAUAUGUGACUAUAGAGUUGAUACUGUUUUUCCACUUCUAAAAGACCCCAAUUGUUCCUAGCUGUUUUGGUGGAAAGCAGUGCAUUCAAUGAGUCUUGUGUUUAUUAUUCAGUUUUUCUGAAUCUGAAAUAAAAACCCUUUAGACUGAA